GAGUGCACCGGUUCUCCUUUUAUAAUAGAUACUUGUGACACCUUCAGCCUUCUUAUAUACCGCAUCAACAAGUAACUAUUCCACUCCUUCAUGCUGCAGCACUAUAAAACGUCGAAAAUCCCACACAGCAUGAAAGUUCCUUAUCGGCCGACCGAGCAGAACCCGUCUUUCAACGUGUCGGGCAAAACCAUGGGUGGAGGUCCAGACUCCCAACAUCUGUUCGGUAUUCGCGCUGAUGUGCUGAUUCCAGGGCGUGGAGAGCCCAUCCCCAAUGGCGGAAUCGUCAUCUCCGUCUCAGAAGGAGUCAUCCUCUGGGUAGGCCCCUAUGAUGAUCUCCCCUCGAAGUACAACAAGGUCGCCUUCACCAAGCACGUUGCCGUGAUGCCCGGUUUAUGGGACGUCCACACACACUUCAUGGGAGCGAACGUCGUGGCAGAUGUGAACGACUCAAUGAAAACCUUCAUGCCUGGCACCGAGUUCCAGGUGGGUGCAGUGACCGUGGAUGACCUUCGGGCCACUCUCAUGGCCGGGUUCACUUCGGUGCGGGAACUUGGCGGGAUGGCAGGCUACCUUCAGAGUAUGAUCGACAAGGGAGCCAUCUUGGGGCCUACCGUAUAUUCGGCUCUGAGUGUUCUCAGCGUCACCGGUGGCCACGGUGACCAACACGACUGCCCCCUGUCGCUCUGCCGAGGCAACAGUGAUGGCAGCAAUGGGUUGGCGCUUUGUGAUGGAGUGGACGAGUGCAUCAAGAUGACUAGAUCGGUGAUUCGGAACGGAGCAAAGGUGAUCAAAGUUUGCAGCACCGGUGGUGUCUUGAGUCUCAAUGACCAACCCGAGGACACGCAAUUCUCGCCCGCGGAACUUGAGGCCAUCGUUCAGGAGGCAGCAAGAAGCGGCAGAGUGGUGGCUUCUCAUGCAAUUGGCAAACCAGGCAUCCUGAACGCCCUACAUGCUGGAGUAAGAACCAUUGAGCAUGGCAUGUACCUGGACAAGGAAGUCGCAGACCUCAUGAAGGAGAAAGGUGCAAUCCUGGUCCCCACGCGCCACAUCGUCGAAAGCCUCUCCGCGGGCGCUGAGGACCUGCCACCGAUACUCCUCAAGAAGCUCCACCGGAUCACCCAGCUCAGCAGGGACAGUUUUAAACUCGCUGUCGCGGAGGGCGUCCGCAUCGCCCUCGGUACAGACACUUUGAGCAGCGACCGGAAGAACGCCUUAGCCCACGGCCGGAACGCGAAGGAGCUACACUGGAUGAAGGUCGCUGGCAUGACGCCGUUGCAGGCUAUAGAGGCUGCUACCGCCACGCCGCCAGAGACCCUUGGCCGCCAGGGCCCCAAUGCAGGACAGCUGAAGGAGGGCUUUGACGCAGAUAUUAUUGUGGUCUGCAAGAACCCGCUGGACGAUAUCGAUGUGCUCACGGAUCCAAGCAAUAUCACUCAUGUGUGGAAAGGCGGCAAGCUGUUCAAGUCCACUUAGGUAGGCAAAACUGAAGGAGUCUGGCUGUGCAUCCAGGCAGGAAUACAUAGGUAUAGAGAUCACAGAAUCAAACCCACCAUCAAUCAG